GUAAAGAGAACACGGUUGCAAUAGAUAUCAAAGAUAGAGAAGACGAGGUUGUAGAAAAUGUCAAGGGUAGAGAGGACACGGUCGUGGAAAAUGUAGAAGUCAUAAUAACCGGGGACGAUAAAUAUUCAGGAUUUAGCAAAGCAGAAACCUUAGAACUGGAAAUCCUGGAUGAUAUCGAUCCGAUAAAUGUACCCGAAUCAAAAUUCUGUCUCUCGUUCAAACACACCCUCCCAACAAUAUAUUCGGUGUUCAUGAGAAUGCCGCGAAGUCUUCUUCCAUUUUCAUUUGGAAUGUUUAUUCUCGUUGAAGGUUGGAUUUCAUUGUUCGCAGACUUCUUUUCUACCCUCACACCAUCCUUCAUACCUGCCGUAUUUGUCACGGCAUUUGCCUCUAUCGUUCUCUGCAACCUGUUGAAUAAUCUUCCAAUGACGGUGUUGUUUGCGCGAAUUCUACAACACCCGAACUUUUCACAGGCACCACACGUGACACCAUCGGUGAUGACAGGUUGUCUUUUCGCGUUGGUUAUUGGAAGCAACGUGGGUGCUUGUUUUACGAUUGUCGGGGCAUUGGCAGGAUUGAUGUGA